AUGUCGCUCACAUCCCCUCACCCACCUGCUCAACCGCUGGCCCCUCAGCGCUCCCCCUCGCUCUCUCCUGAGAAAGAGCUACCGGCACCAAGAAAAACAUCUUCCCCCUUGUCUUCCCCUUCAUCGAUAGCUCGUGGAAAUGAUCUACCGAUAGAUCCAGACGCGGACCUGGACGCUGCUCCUGAGAUCAGAAGCCCAGCUACGAGCUCUACAUUGCCUCUGACGGAUGAUGAGGAAGAAGAGGAACAGCCGGAUGAUGGUGACGAAGAUAGUGAGCUCACCGAAGAAGAAGAGGAGGAGGAAGAAGAAGAAGAAGGUGUAAAACUCGAUAACCGGACAGGUACAAUUAGACGAUCCAUCUCUAGCGAAUCAAGGUCGCAUAGAGAAGAUUCACAAGCUUCUACAGCGUCCCUCACCCCUCCGCCGAGCGAUAAGUCCAUAACGCCCUCGCCCCAACCUUCCCCCAAGAUCACGCUGAAACUUAACGCUCCUCGUGCUGAAGAUAGUCAAGAUGAAGUAAAUGCCAAUGAUAACGAACAGGAAGAGGAAGAAGAUGGCGAUGUUGAGGAUGAGGAUGACGAAGAUGGCGAUGUGACCAUGAGGGCUCAACCGACCAAUGUAGAUGAAUCGGAUAGCGCGCUAGACCAGUCGAAAGAUUUACCUGAUGAGACACUGGGCGAGGGAGAGACGGAAGAUGCCAGUUUAAACGAUAGCAAAGCGUCUGUUCAAGACGAAUUAACAUCGACUGAAGGUCAACCUCCCGCUGAAGAAGAAGAAGAAGAGCUGGAGGAAGAAAAGGAAAUGGGAGACAAGAUUGUAAUCGAUGAAGAUGAAGUUGAUGUCGAACCACCCGUCGAGAUCGAAGUUGAAGUUGAGAAACCUCAGGAUGGGGAAGAAGGUGAAGAAAACGAGAAUCUGGCGGGUGAAGAGGAAGGUGAACCCAUAGAUCAAGAUGCGGAAGAUGAGCACGAACAUGAGGACGUCGAAGAGAACGAUCAUGAUCACGAAGCUGCAGACUCCCCAGCAUACCUUACUGUCCCAACUCACGGUAAAUCAUCGCAUUCGACCCAUGCGCCUCCCCCAACUACAGCAGCUAUGCGUUCGUUAGUUCAGCUAGAGUUGAAAUUCGCUGCUUUAAGGGAUAAACUCUAUAUCGAGAGGAUGGAGGAAGCUGCAGUAGAGGAAGAGAUGAUCUUGAAUGGUACCCACCCUGCUCUCAAAUACCUAUACAAGACUCUCAGCGAUAGACGUGAGAAAUUACAUGAGGUCGCUUCGCGUCGGCAUCAACAGACUUUGGGAGAAUUGAAGAGGGUCAGGGAGGCUGAGAAACAUCUGAUAUGGUCUUCUUGGACUGAGGACCGAGAUAGACUACACUGGGAUGAGUUUGAGCAUACUUGGUCAAAGAGACGGAGGUUGGCUAGAGAGAAGAAUGAAAUCGAGACUCCUCGUAUAGUCAAACCAGUACCUAAAGUCGGGCAACCUUCGACCAUUAGAGCUUUUGAUUGGUCAGCUGGAGCUACGCCCAGUCAGUUAAGUAGGGAGGAAGGGAAUCAUGAUUUGGCUUUGAUGGAUCAGCAUACUCGACGUCAGCUCCAAACGACGAGGAAUGCCUCUCCAGCCAUUUUCGCUCCACAAUACAAUGUUGCAGGAUCAUCCUCGCAGCCUGUCAACGGAGGUACAACGAUAUAUUCUUAUCCCCAGACUCAGCAGCAGUCUCACGAAUCACAUCAACCUCGACAUAAUUCUACCCCUUCUCUACCGCAGCAGCAAUCUCAAGCAGCCCAUACCAAUUAUCCUCCUCGGAUAGCGAGCACAUCCAAUACUAAUGCUAAGUCCUAUCAACCGCCUCAGCCAAGUGCUUCAAUUCAGCAGAAUCAGAAUCAACCUGUUCAAAGGCGAGAAGGAAGGACGGUACCUACCACAUCGGAUUUGUUUGCCGGACCAAGGCGUGAUUCAUCGGUGCAGAAAGUGAAAUCGCCCGAGGAGGAACCUAUGAGUCCUAUAGGAUUGUGGAGUAGGGGUAUAAAUGGGAAUGCCAAAAGGGAUGGUAGUUCACCCAAAACUCCUAGCUCGUUAGGUACACCGACGAUAUCUCAUAAUCUUCCACCGGGUAAUUCGUCAGCUUCUAGUAAUACUGGGAUAAGACCGGGCUCGGCCGGAGCAGGGUCAGGACCAGACAAGAAAUCACCACCUAUAUCAUCUGUAAAUGAGAGCGGACCGAUGCGUUCGAGUUCAACUGGUUCAACACAACCUAGACCCAAUACGGCUGGUACUGGUAGUACAUUACCUGCUCAACCACCUCGAUCGAACUCUAACCCCACUUCAUCGUCAUCAACAACGAUAUCAGCGAAUGACAGACCGGGUUCGGGUAUACCACCGAAUGCACAUGCGAGGGAGAGACCAGAUUUCCCAAGUCGAUUCGCUAGCCUAGCCGACUACCUUGCUAGUUCGACGGGUCAGCCGGGAAAUGGGUUGUUCGGGAUGGGUAUAGGUCUGGGUAGUAUGGGUCUGGGUGUACCUAUGGGCGUUGGCAAGGGCGUAGGAGGAAUGGGAGCCGGUCAGAAUAAAGGUAGAUCACCAUUUCAAACCUCCAAUGGCAAUUCCUCACCUUUCGGCACCACCCAAUCUGGGAGCUUAGCAGCGGAAAGCAAUAAUACAGCUAAAUCGACUUCACCUGUCCCCCCACCUACAAUGCCUCCUGCCGGUACGGUUACGACGGCCGGUACGGGUGAAGGGGCCGGUAGGUCGUGA